ACGGCCGCCGCCAUCAUGCGUGCGCCGGCGGGGCUGGUGCGGCUGCUGGCGGCGCGGGGAGGGGGGCGGCCGCCGCGCCGCUGCCUCGGCGCCAUGGCCCGCUACGGCACGGAGCAGCGGGGGCGGCCCAACUCUCCCGAUUACCGCCUCUACUUUAAGAAUGCAGAUGGUAAAUAUAUUUCCCCAUUUCAUGACAUUCCACUCUUUGCUGGAUCUAAAGAGGAGAAAGAGAUUCCUGCAAAGAGGUCAAAGACUACUGGAACUGAGGUCCUGUUUAAUAUGAUUGUAGAAGUGCCUCGUUGGACAAAUGCAAAAAUGGAGAUUGCCACCGAGGAGCCAUUGAAUCCCAUUAAACAAGAUAUAAAGAAAGGCAAGCUUCGAUAUGUGGCAAAUAUCUUUCCUCACAAGGGUUAUAUAUGGAAUUACGGUGCCCUCCCACAGACCUGGGAAGAUCCAAAACAUAGAGAUAACAAUACAGGAUGUUGUGGGGAUAAUGAUCCUAUUGAUGUUUGUGAAAUAGGCUCAAAGAUUCGUUCUUCUGGUGAGAUUGUUCAGGUGAAGGUCUUGGGCGUUUUAGCUCUUGUUGAUGAAGGAGAGACAGAUUGGAAGAUAAUUGCUAUCGGUGUGGAUGACCCAGAAGCUCAGAAAAUCCAUGAUAUUGAUGAUGUCAAGAAGCACAAACCAGGUUACCUUGAGGCGACGGUUGAUUGGUUCCGAUUAUAUAAAGUUCCUGAUGGAAAACCAGAAAAUCAGUUUGCUUUUAAUGGAGAAUUUAAAAACAAGGAUUUUGCUGUUGAAAUUAUUAAAUCCACCCAUGAAUGCUGGAAAGCUUUGCUUCAUAAAAAAGCUGAUGGAGGUAAUAUUAAGUGUACCAAUGUUCUGGUGAGUGGCAGCCCAUUUUGUUGCAGUGAGGAGGACGCCCGAUCGAUUGUGCAGUCGGCACCAGUGCCUGUGAAUGGAGAUUCUGUUUCCUCAGAAGUUGACUCCUGGCAUUUUUUUCCCAAGUGAUCAUCAAAAACCUUCCGAAGCUGCGUCAUCGAAUCUUAGUGUCAUCCCUUUCUUGAAGAUGGGCAACAGCAGUAAUUGUUGGGUUCCUGUUGAAACAACUUUUCAACUUGUGUAAACUUUCUCUCAUGUAAAUAAAUGCUGACAUUGUGAAAUUAA